UCUCCCAUUGUGGCGCAAAUCAAAAUCUAAAGGCCCAGUCAGUUGCAAAGCAAACGCAAAUCACCGUUCUCCACAAUCCAACAGCUGCAGCUUCAACACUACUCCACGGUCAAGGGUACGGUUCGAGCUUAAAAAAGAAAGAAUAGAAAGCUAUAAUUAAAAAAGGCAAGGAAAUAAAACAAAAAAAAAAAAAAAAAGUUAGAGAGAGAGGGUUGUUUUUUUUUCGAGUUUUACUAACAUUUUUUGCUAAACCCUAAACGCAACCCUCCCUCUCAUUUUUCUCCAAUUGAAAAUUUGGUGGCCGCUGCAACGUUCCUCUCUUUUCUUCUCCGAUUGCAGAAAGUAGAAAACAAUGGGGGAAGCAAUGAAGGAAGAUCUCAAUCUCAUGUCAUCUGUGCACUCGACGGUUUUCAAACAAUCAGAAAACCUAGAGGGACAAUGUAUUAAGAUCGAGGGUUACGAUUUCAAUCAAGGAGUCAACCACUCUCAGCUUCUCAAGUCCAUGGUUUCCACCGGCUUUCAAGCUUCCAAUUUGGGAGACGCCAUUGAAGUUGUUAAUCAAAUGCUAGAUUGGAGGCUUGCGGACGAGAGUGUAGCGGAAGAUUGUAGCGAGGAGGAGAGAGACCCGUCGUACCGAAAGUCCGUGAGGUGCAAAGUUUUCCUGGGUUUUACUUCAAAUCUUACGUCUUCCGGUGUUAGGGACGUGGUUCGCUAUCUUGUUGAGCAUCAUAUGGUUGAUGUAGUGGUUACAACAGCUGGUGGUAUUGAGGAAGAUCUGAUAAAAUGCCUUGCGCCCACAUAUAAAGGUGACUUUUCUUUACCUGGAGCCUAUUUAAGAUCAAAAGGACUGAACCGCAUUGGUAACUUGUUGGUUCCUAACGACAACUACUGCAAAUUUGAGGAUUGGAUAAUUCCGAUUUUUGACCAGAUGUUGAAAGAACAAACUGAAGAGAAUGUAUCAUGGACACCAUCGAGGUUGAUUGCUCGCUUGGGAAAAGAAAUUAAUAACAAGAGUUCAUACCUCUACUGGGCAUACAAGAACAACAUUCCAGUUUACUGUCCAAGCCUAACAGAUGGCUCACUAGGGGACAUGUUGUACUUCCAUUCCUUCCGCAGCCCUGGUCUGAUCGUUGACAUAGUUCAAGACAUUAGAGCCAUAAAUGGUGAAGCAGUACAUGCGAAUCCUAGGAAGACUGGCAUGAUAAUUCUUGGUGGGGGGCUCCCCAAGCAUCACAUUUGCAAUGCCAAUAUGAUGCGUAAUGGUGCAGAUUAUGCCGUGUUCAUUAAUACUGCACAAGAGUUCGAUGGGAGUGACUCUGGAGCUCGUCCUGAUGAGGCUGUAUCAUGGGGGAAAAUACGAGGUUCUGCUAAGACUGUUAAGGUACAUUGUGAUGCAACCAUUGCUUUCCCUCUACUGGUUGCAGAAACAUUUGCCUCAAAAGAGAAAGAAUUCCAUCAAGAAUAAGGCUUCACACAAUUUUUCGCAAGGUGUGGAUUCAUUUAUCACUGUAUUCUUACUGCUCUUGGUAGCUGAAAAAUAGAAAAUCCAUUCAACAGCCAAGACCACGUCUCUAGCAAGAUCAGGUUUCUUGAUGAUUAACCCUAAAAUAUGUACUGUGGUGAUGGGGUUGGGAGGGGGGCUUUGGAUAUGCUAAUGUAUGGUCAGGAAUAUAAUGGCCUUUAAAAUGAUUUAUUUGUAUUUCUCCUGAAUCGUUCUGAUUGGCUUUAUGGACCUAUAUUUGUCUUGAAUUAAAAAGACAUGGAGUUAACUUGC